GAUAUAUUAAUUAUUGACAAAUGGAAUCACUAAUAAAGCAAACUCUUUCAUGAGAAAGUAGGAUAAAAAGCCAUCAGCAAUCAUUGAAAAAUAUGAAAGCACAGUACGAUAACUAUGAGGUAUCUUACAAGAACGUACUUAUCAAAAAUUUUAAGAAAGUUUGCCGCAAAGAGAAGGUCUGUAUCUCAACUAAAAGUAAGACACCCCCACAUCUAUGAAAAGGAUUGAAGGUGAAGAAGAUCGCAGAGUUCAAGAAGACUAAGAGCAAUCGGAAUUUGUUCUCUUCACCUACUAUUGGAGCUCCAAAUUCUAAGAAAAAGGGUUUGCUUUUCCCAGGUUUAAAAUAAACCUCUAAACAAAUCAAAUUGAAAGUCUGUCAAAGCUCCAAGUGAGAAUGGAGAUGAUUCCGAUUCUGAUAAAUCCAAUGAAGAUCCUGCACCAGGGAAGAAAAAAGAGAUAGUACCUCUCAAGAAGGUUAAGAAGAAGGCUAGGCCUGCUAAAAUUUUAAUCGAUAUUGUAAAAAUGGAUACAAACAGCGAUACAAGCAGCAACUUAUCCCCAGAUUUUUCAGAGAAAGAAUCUAAAUUAUCACCAGAUUUCUUGGCUGUCAAACAGAGCAGGUUCAAGAGUGAAACUUUUGGAAUGAAAAGACCCUUACCUGAGGCAUCUCAGGGUCUUCCUCAAAUAACUCUUGGAAGAUUUGAUGAUGAAGAAAAAGAAAUGUCAACUGAUCAAAAUCCUUUCAUUGGGAACUUUACAGAAUCAACGAAUGAGAGUGAUAACAAAGAAGAGGAGAAACUUAAGGACGAGCAAAUUCACCCCAAAAUGCUAAUUUCCUUGGAAGUUCAAGAGGCUAGUCUUGUCAAGAAGCUUGUUAAUCUUGAGAAAAGAAGAAUGGCAAUGGAAAAAUCUAAGUUUUACAACAAAAGAAACAUGAGCUCUAACCUAGAGGAACAAGAGUACUCUUCAUCUGAUGAUGAGUGCUAAACGACAAAGUGCAAUGUUAUUUAUUAAGCUCUUGGUUCAGGAAUGUGAUACUUCAACUAAUAAGCUGU